CUCCCACUACCAAGUGGCCAUGGCCGAAGCUUCAGACUUUCUCAGUCUUGGGUCCUAUAUAUAACCGACACAUGCGCCCAUCUUCGUCCUCAUCAAAAGGGAUCGGAAACAUUCAAUGUUCAAACUUUUACUUCGAAUCUUCAAAUACUCUCUCUCUCUCCUCUCUUUCUCUCUCUAGAAGCCUGAGGGAGACCCGGAACUAAAACCCUGGUGCUGGUGUUUCUGCUCCAUCUGGGUCUCCAAUGGCGAGUUGGGUCCUCUCUGAAUGCGGCCUAAAGCCUCUCCCGCCAGUUUGGAACCGACCCAGAACCGCAGUUUGCUCUAGCUACCCGUCAAAAGUUCGAAUUUUUCGGUCAAACCAGAGCUCGGCGGAUCUGAGAUUGGAUUCGACCAAAAUCGCAGGUGGGUUGUUUAGAGAGAGAAGAUGGGGUCUAAACGUGAGCGCUCCGGUGAGGGUAGCUUCUGUUGAAGAGGAGGAGGAGAGGGUUAACGGCGUUAAUGGCGGCGGAGAUGGAGAAGAGGAGGUGGGAUUUGAUCCCGGUGCGCCGCCGCCGUUCAAAUUGGCCGACGUUAAAGCUGCCAUUCCGAAGCAUUGUUGGGUUAGGGACCCGUGGAGGUCAAUGAGCUAUGUGGUGAGGGAUGUGGUGGUGGUUUUCGGGUUGGCUGCGGCUGCGGUUUAUGUGAACAAGUGGUUUGUUUGGCCUCUGUAUUGGGCUGCUCAGGGGACAAUGUUUUGGGCUCUCUUUGUUCUUGGCCAUGAUUGUGGCCAUGGAAGCUUUUCGAAUAAUCCCAAGCUAAACAGUGUUGUGGGGCAUCUCUUGCAUUCUUCAAUUCUUGUACCCUAUCAUGGAUGGAGAAUUAGCCACAGGACUCAUCAUCAAAACCACGGUCAUGUCGAGAAUGACGAGUCAUGGCACCCGUUGUCUGAGAAAAUCUACAAGAAAUUGGAUAGCAUGACACGUAUUUUGCGCUUCACCGUACCUUUUCCCAUGCUUGCUUAUCCUUUCUAUCUUUGGAAUAGAAGUCCAGGAAAGACUGGUUCCCACUUUGACCCGAAGAGCGAUCUAUUUGUCCCGAAUGAGAGGAAAGAUGUGAUCACUUCCACAGUAUGUUGGACAGCAAUGGCUGGGUUACUUGUGGGAUUAUCCUUUGUAAUGGGUCCUGUUCAAGUGCUUAAGCUCUAUGGCAUUCCCUACUGGGUUUUUGUCAUGUGGCUGGAUUUGGUAACUUACUUGCAUCACCAUGGCCACGAAGACAAAUUACCAUGGUAUCGAGGGAAGGAAUGGAGUUAUCUGAGGGGAGGGCUUACAACACUGGAUCGAGACUAUGGAUUGAUCAAUAACAUCCACCACGACAUCGGAACCCAUGUGGUUCAUCAUCUUUUUCCUCAAAUCCCCCACUACCACUUAGUUGAAGCAACUGAGGCAGCGAAGCCGGUAUUCGGGAACUACUACAGAGAGCCGAAGAAAUCAGGACCUCUACCAUUUCACUUGCUUGGAAGUUUUAUCAAAAGCUUGAAAAAAGACCACUAUGUGAGCGACAAUGGCGAUGUUGUGUACUACCAAACUGACCCUAGCUUUGGUGGCUUUCCUCCAUCAAAUUAAAGCUUAAGUUCUUAGUUUCUUGGACCACAAGAAAAGUUUUCAAUAUCUAAGCAUUGGCCUCUGCCAUUUCCACUGGUUUUUUACUCAGAAUUUUGUGGUCUAGAAAAGAGUAGUGCAAUAGUGGAAUUUUUAUUUAUUGUAUUCUAUUCUUUAUGGAGAGAAAAAUAAUCUCUCGUUCUGCUAUGAUGCAUUGUAUACUCUCCUUUCAAAUAUGAAGAUCAAAUUUUUGUUCUCUUCCUA